CCGUGGCCGUUUGGGCCGUUGCAGCGGAAGCGCGGCGCUGCGCGGAACCGCGGGAAGAGGUGUGACUGUCUCCCGUCUUCACCGUCUGCGACUUCUCGAGUUCAUGGAGUCGUCUUCAGCUUUCUGCACCAGGGUGGCAAUGCCGACUUGGCUUCCUUCACCGUGAAUGGCGCCUUCGACUCGGACCCGAUGCUUGGAGCUCACAAUUGGUAUGUGACCCGAUGCAUCAUGGAGCUGACCAAGCCUCAAACUGCUCUUGGUCGCUUCAGCUGCUGUCUUGACGAAGGGUCUGGCGAGCCCAAGGCUGAGCACGCAACACGCACGUUGACAAGCGAAGUGGAGGGCAGCCAGAACUAG